AUGGCGCCUCAAUCUCUUGAAUUCGUCUCAAGCGAGAAAUUCACGUCAAGAAUAACCGAUGCCUCAGACUUCCAAGCAUCAGAAAUAAAUGCAAUCGGUAACCGGUUCUGGGAGGAGCGACUCCAAAAACGCCGAAAUCUCGACUACGAUAAAAUCAAAUCCAAGCUCAUGCCUUCAGGCUUCGAAGUUUCCGCUAUGAAAAAGAUUAUGGGCUGGGUCAUAUACGAGAAUAAUAUCAUCGAUGACUUGCUGAAGGGGAUGCCUGAAGAAAAGUCGAAUGCUUCACUUUCGUGGGGAGGACCUCAUCCAUUCAUACGCGAGCUGAAGUGGACUUUGGAGCGAAGACAAAUGCUCCUUCAGUCCUUGAGUAGCGAAUGGUACCAGCUGAAACAGGGCAUGGAUGCUACACCAAAGGUUGACAAUGCCCAAGUUGAAAAUGGCAUUGCCGAGGAUUCAGGAAGCUCGUUCUCGCACUUCGCUUCGGUCAUAAAUGACUCCAAAAGAUUGAUCCAGCGUCUUGGAGAGAAUCUCACCGAAGAGGACCCCGUUCAAAUGCCAGACGAAAAGUCGACUGUGUCAAUCGAAAGUGUCCUUGAACUCGCGAUUCAAUGCUUGCUCAAUACCAUGAGCCCAGACAUGCCUAUCCGUGAUGUAGUCCGCACAGUUGAGAAAUGUUUCCCAAAACACGACCCCAAGGAUCACAAAUACGUCUGCGUUGGACCUCCAACCAUCUUCUUCUCGCGGUCAGAAUUAGGUUUACUUCUUGGUGGAACGGCUCAGACUUGCAUCAAAGGAGGCAGUAACAGGGUGAAGAAUGUUCACGACUACUUGCGAACGCAACGAGAAGAUAUGCUAAAGUCCUUAGACAAGGAUAGAGUACCACUAUUCGAGAAAUGCACGAAAGCAGAGUCAGAGAAGAAACACCUGACCCCAGAAGAAGCGAGCCCAAAAGGACCGAACCAAAGCUUGUGGCCUGAUGGAGGGAUCUAUGCCGAAAACAUUGGACAAGCUGUCACAAUGCUGAAUACUUCAGAGAGGGAAUACUUUGGGGAUCUUGACCCUUGUAUGAAGUGCGGGAACAUUUAUGGUAUCCUUAGAAGAAGGUGA